AUGUAUCAACUUGGAAUUAUAUUGUGCUUUUUCUUCUUCUUCUUAUUGAAGUGCAGCACUUCAUUAGACUUGCAACAGGAUGGAAAAAUUGUCAAUGGAACUGUAGCUGCUAACGGCGAAUUUCCCUAUGCGGUGUCGCUGCGUCGUUCGAAAACUGGCCACCACUCGUGUGGCGCCACAUUAUUAAAUUCCCGAUGGUUGAUGACGGCUGCACAUUGUGUGCGUCGAGCAAAACCGGAGGAUUUAAAUGUGCAAUACGGCAGCAAUUUAAUAGCACGGAAUGCCACUCAAAUUGCCCAAGUAAAUGCCAUUCAUGUGCAUCCGGAAUAUGAUCCAAAGAAUAAACACUUUAAUGACAUUGCACUGCUGCAACUGACGGAAUCCGUCAGUUUUAAUGAUGCCGUACAGCCCGUACAUUUGCCGGAUCCGCUGCAGCAGACGUUGUCCAACAGCAGCGCCGUCCUAGCAGGCUGGGGAUUAAAUGCGACUGGUGGCAGUGUGCAGAAGCAACUGAUGAAGGUGGAGCUGCAGGUGUUCAGCGAUUCGGAGUGCAGUGAUCGGCAUCAGGUGCAGCUGCACUCCAGCCAGAUCUGUGCCGGGGUUCCCGAGGGAGGCAAGGGACAGUGCAGCGGAGAUUCGGGCGGACCAUUGCUGAUUGGCGGAAAGGAACGGAAUGGAAGUGACACACAAAUUGGCAUCGUUUCGUGGAGUGUUAAACCCUGCACACGUCCACCGUAUCCGGGUGUCUUCACGGAAGUCUCCGCCUAUGUAGAUUGGAUUGUUCAAACUGUCGCCUCGCAUCCAACUCAGGAUCCACUCAGCUCCCAGCUCUGGAUUGGACAGCUGAUUGUGGCGCGUACUCCACCUCCACUUUAAAAAUUAUCAAUUUUACUUAAAAAU